AGGGAGGAGAGAAGGAGGGGACAGAGUGUGACUAAAGCCAGUCUCUGAAACCAGACCGAGUGCCGCGUGGAUCUCUCCUCAAAAGCUGAGCGUCCAAGGAAAGAGCGUCAGCGUCUGUGAGGGAGUCUUUGGGAAUCAGAUUCCACGGAAUACAAAACUUCCAAGAAUUCCAAAUAAACCUCGGAGAAGAAAGAACAAUGUCAAGUGCCCUCGUGAGACGAAGCUCCAGUAAGCAAGGCUUGCAGAACCUCCUGAGAGUGACGGCCCAGCGAAGCAUUGAAGAUGCUGAGGAGAUUGAGAGGGAAAGGAGACGUAGGGCCCGGGAGGCCUUCUGCAAACAACAAAACCUGUCUGGAUCUGCUGGUUCCCCUCAGGACAGUGUGAACCCACCUGGGACCGGCCUCUAUGAAAGUGAACUCAAACCCAGUUGCCCUAUUGCUGUGGAUGAGGAUGAAGGUUUCAGCGACUGGACCCAGAAGCUGGAACGGAGAACACGGUCCAGAAUGGAUGAGAACGGCAGUGGAGAACAAACACAACAGGAGGAGAAAGACGUGAAGGCAAGAUCUAGACAAAGUGAGAAAAGCAGCUUCACCACUUCCAUACAGUAUCAGCAAAUACAGGACAGAGACGAAGAGGAGAGAAGACCAGAGGAGAAGAGGAGCGCUGAUAGACGAACAGAGACCAGAGAGAGGGUGAGCAGUCAGAGACCAGAGGAAUGGCAUGAUGACAUGAGAGGCAGCAAAAGCAGACAACAGGAAAUCAACCCACCGAUGGAGAACAAGAUAAAAGAGGAGAAGAAGGAGCUGAAGGUGUCAUACACGGCUAAAGUCUUCCUACAGCAAGACAGAACACCUAACGGCAAUGCAGAGGAAGUGACAUCACAUCUGGUCAAAACCAAAAGAUCACCCAGCAGGACAGUAGAUAUAAAUCAAGCCUUUGAGACUAAGAAAGACAUGCAAGCUGGUCUGGAGACCGAGCUGAAGCUGGAGAAGAUCAGACCUAGCCACCAGGAGAAGGAGAGCCAGGAGAUGGAGCAGCUAUGGCAGCGUCCUGCCGAGACUGAGCUGGAGGAACUGAAGAAGAAGAGAGAGGAACAACGCAAGGCUCGCCAAAAGGAGGAGCUGAGAAGAGAGGACAAGGAACAGAAAAAACUAACCAAAAAAGAGGAGGACAAGAGACAGAUGAAGGAAGACAUUGAGAGGAGGAGGAUGGAAGCAGUGGAGAAGAGGACGAUGAAUCUCAACAUCACUUCUACAGAUGGUGAUGACCCAUUUAACCCUCUAAACCCCAUAAGUCCAGCUUUCAAGAUCACCGAGAGAACAGAAUCCUUGAAUCGAUCUUUAAAGAAGAGUAACAGUUUCAAGAAGACCCAGAGACCUGUUCUCCUGCCCAAGAUCGAUGACAAACUGGAACAAUACACACAUGCAGUCGAGAUCUCUUCUAAAGAAGCAAAGAUGACCAAGUCAGCAUUAGUGGACAUGCCUAAUGUCUCUGCUCCGGUGGCCUCCAAAAAAAGCCUGUUUGAAGUGGGAGAGGCCUCGAGUCAAAACAGCCCGAAAGGAACACCUUUGAAGGAUACGGACUGUGUGAAAGUGGGUGUAGCAAACCUGAUCAACCAUUGGGUGAAAGGAAGUCCAGAAGGCGGGAACAGACACUUCCUGUCCACACCGUCUGAUGUUAAACCUGGAGAUGUUCUGCAGAAAAAGAACAUGUGGGAAAUUAUUGGAGAAGGUUCUUCAACCGAGAGGUCAGGACUGGGAGGAAAGGCCUCCUCCUUGGGAAAGCAAUACAAGUUUGUUGUGACAGGCCAUGGAAAAUACGAGAAGAUUUGAUGUUGAUCAUUAAAGUGUCUUCCCGGAUUGAAAAUCAAGUGAAUUUUCCAGUGACCACUUGUGAGGAAUUUAUUUCAGUAAUAUCAUCUUUCCCGAUUCACCAAGAACACAUAUACAUUAACAUAUAGGUCGUACAAUAUUUCAGUCAACUUUUCAAUACAUAAGGAAGAAACUACAAUGUAUGUGCUUUUAUGUUUUUUGUCUUUUUUAUGAUUUUUCCAUUUUUGACUGUUGUAAUGGCGUGACUUUGGAACGUUUCCCUACAAUCUAUGUAUUUGUUGCAUAUACAAUGUAAAAAGAAACUUAUUCUCAAAAAUCUGACCAAUUGCAAAAUAAUACAAAGUAAUCUUUUCUUUUAUUUUUCCUCAGUAUUUUUUGCAGUAUUCAGGCUAAAUUUG